CAGUGCUUUUCUUGGGCAAUUGGGAAAACAUUUAGAUAAACAGCCUGCUAGGGGUUGUAAUACAUGAAUUUAUUACAUAGUUUGAGGAACUAGAGAUUUUUAACCUAGAAAGGGAAAGAUUCAGGGACAUGGUAGCUAUUUUCAAAUACUUGAAGGUAAAAAAGGCCUUGAACUUACUCUGUUAGCCAAAGGAGACUUUACCAGUUCAAUAUAAGAUAAAACCUUUUAAACAGUCAAAAUUGGUCAAAACCAUUGGGGGGUGAGGGACAAUGAGUUUUCUGUUACCUGAAGCAUUUCAGAAUAGACUGAAAAAUAAUUCAGAGAGUAUGUUUUUGUCUACAGAAAGGGGUGAUUUAAGGGGUGUAUAGGAGAGAAUUCAGGCAUGAAAAUCAUUUGGAUGGGGUGACCUGUAAGAGGAUGUGAUUCUUUAUAUCCAAAUUCUGGAUAUAUCCAAAUAAGAGUUUCAUUCUUGCCUCUAAACUCUAAAACCUAUCUUCUCAUCUGUUUGCAAUAGUUUAAAUUUUAAUCUAUUUCAUAUUUCAGGGUAGUAUGCCCUGAAUAUGUGAUUUGAAUGCUGUGGCAGAAGGUCACUCAUAUUCAUUCAUUUUAUUUUACUCUUAUAUACUUGCAGUGAGUCUUUUGAAUUCAUUAUGCAAACACAUGCAAAUCAUAUGCAAAUGAUAUAGCCUCAGAAAAUGACAAAAUCUGAUGGCCUUAACUGAGCCAUCAGACCUUUCUUUAAGAAGGAAAGUAAUAUGCCUUUCAACAUCUCUGGGGCAGGAGAUAAUUUCCUGAGAGUGAUAUUUACAUGACAUCAGAAUUCGUUACUCAAUCUUUGCCUCACAUUCUGCAUGUUUAUGUGGGACUUUAAGGUAAGGAAAGCAUUUUCACAUACAUGAUCCUAUUUGAUCCUCAUAAUUACCCUGUGAUGUAAGCAGAACAGGAAUUAUAAUUCUUGUUUUUCAGAUGGGAAAACAGAGAAGUGAAAUGACUUGCCCAAGGUCACUCAGUUGGUAAGCAAGGAUCUGCGGUCUAGCACUAGACCCUUCCCAGUCCUCAGCUCUUCCCAUUGCACACUGAUGGAUGUCUUAUUUGAAGCAAGGUGGUCUGUCAUUGGUCUCGGUUUGCUUAAGACUGUGUCUUGCUGAUAGCAUCUUCAGAGAUGAUUUUGUUGAUGAAGAUGGCAUUUUAAGGGUGACCAGGGAAAGCCCAAAUAUGCGUAGCAGGCCUAGCAGAGUGCCAAGUACAUAUUUCCUCCAAUCCCCUCUGCUUUUUAGCAUCUUCUCUGAAAUCUCCAGAUGAACAACAUUCUUCCCCUCAUCUACUCUUCAGCUCCUUCAGGAGGCAAAGUCCGUUCUUAAACCAUGAAGAGUGGUAGCACACAAUCUCUGCAGUGAGAUUUUCUGGAUCUGAAGCCCUAAUCCACCACUCUCUAAUUGUGUGACUUGGAGAGAUCAUUUAAUUUCUCUUAAGCAUCAGUUUCUAUAUCUAUAAAAUGAGGGAAAUAAUAACAUCUCUUUUAUAGAACAUGUGGAAACAGUCAAGGAUAGGAAAAUGCAGCAAAAAAAAAAAAAAUUAAACCUGACCCAGUAUAUGACACACAGUAAGGGCUCAAUAAAUGGCAGAUACUAUAGUCAUUUGCUUCAUCAUAGUAAUACAGUAGAGGUGGUGGUGGUGGUAGUAAUAGUAGUAGUAAUAGUAGUAGUAAUAGUAGUAGUAGUCGUCGUCGUCGUCGUCGUCGUCGUCGUCAAGUCAUUGUGAACUCUGAUACUAAGAACUGGGCUCUUGGAUAUGGAGUGGAAGAACAGCAACACCAAAUAUAUCCUGCAUACCAGAGGGCUGAAGAACAGACAGAACAGGUAGCUAAAUGCAGCCUAUUGAGGAAUGUUUGAACUUUGGCUUUCUUUAAUCAUUGCCACAUCUUGCUCCAUAAUAAGGGUAAUUGCAAUCCUGCUUCAAAGCUAUUUCUAAGAAUAGGGCCAAGGCUGGCAUCCCUAACUCUGCCCUCCUUUAGCCAGGCUGCUCUAUCUAUGGCAGUGUCCCCUACUUCCCCAGACCAGGUUAGGAGGGAACAAGAGAGGAGUUCACCCCAACUGCUUUAACAAGUCUGAACCGCCAGGUCAAGAGAUGAAGUAAUAUUCCUCCUAUACAAAGACCAGAGGUGGGGAUGGACAAGGUGGCCAAGGCAGCAGCUGAGGCUCAAGGAACAGAUAUACUCUCAAGCCUGCUCCCUCCUGCUCCAGUUCCCAGCUCAGCAGGUGCCACUGAAGGGCUCAUUUCUUCAACCUGCCCCCACAGAGUGCUCUGCCUUUCCAUGUUCUCUGACACCUCUUCUAUUCACUCACCUAGGACAACUGAGAAAGUGGCCUCCUUGGUGAGAAGAGCUUCCACAGCCUCUCUCAGGGAAAAGGACCAGAAGCUGUUGGAGUUGGCCGAAUACUUGAAGUUGGCAUAAAGUCAAUUGGAACCAUCACAACGAAAGUCUGUGUGAUCAGCCCAAAAGGACUGCACAACUGAUUCACGUUCAGUGCCAGGAAAUGCAAUGGGCCAUUCUGGGGCUGGGUCCUCAGUUAUUUUUGGCAAAGAUGGGUGGUAUGCAAAAGGGACUUCCUUUUUUUUUCAGCACAGAGCCACAGAAUGCUGACCAGUCAACAGCAUUUCUUGUUCUAAGAUCACCCUUCUGAGUACCUCUCUGGCUGCCAAAUUGCCAGGGCCUUCAUAGUUUGAUUCCAUUUCUCAGCUCCUAGCAUUGGGUAAACCCACCAAGCUAGGAUUGCACCAGUCCUGUGAUGGCGUUUGACGUCAGCUGCUUCUUUUGGGUAGUGCUGUUUUCUGCCGGCUGUAAAGUCAUCACCUCCUUGGAUCAGAUGUGCAUUGAGAAAGAAGUCAACAAAACAUAUAACUGUGAAAAUUUAGGUCUCAGUGAAAUCCCUGACACUCUACCAAACACAACAGAAUUUUUGGAAUUCAGCUUUAAUUUUUUGCCUACAAUUCACAAUGGAACCUUCAACAGACUCGUGAAUCUUACCUUUUUGGAUUUAACUAGGUGCCAGAUUAAUUGGAUACAUGAAGACACUUUUCAAAGCCAUCAUCAAUUGAACACACUUGUGUUAACUGGAAAUCCCUUGAUAUUCAUGGCAGAAACAUCGCUUAAUGGGCCCAAGUCACUGAAGCAUCUUUUCUUAAUCCAAACGGGAAUAUCCAAUCUCGAGUUUAUUCCAGUGCACAAUCUGGAAAACUUGGAAAGCUUGUAUCUUGGAAGCAACCAUAUUUCCUCCAUUAAGUUCCCCAAAGACUUCCCAGCACGGAAUCUAAAAGUACUGGAUUUUCAGAAUAAUGCUAUACACUACCUCUCUAGAGAAGACAUGAGGUUUCUGGAGCAGGCCACCAAUUUAAGCCUGAACUUCAAUGGCAAUAAUGUUAAAGGUAUUGAGCUCGGGGCUUUUGGUUCAAUAGUCUUCCAAAGUUUGAACUUUGGAGGGACUCUAAAUUUGUCUGUUAUAUUCAAUGGUCUGCAGAACUCUACUACUCAGUCUCUCUGGCUGGGAACAUUUGAGGACAUUGAUGACGAAGACAUUAGUUCAGCCAUGCUCAAGGGACUCUGUGAAAUGUCUGUUGAGAGCCUCAACCUGCAGAAACACCACUUCUCUGACUUCUCAUCCACCACAUUUCAGUGCUUCACCCAAAUCCAGGAAUUGGAUCUGACAGCAACUCACUUGGAAGGGUUACCCUCUGGGAUUAAGGGUCUGAACUUGCUCAAGAAAUUAGUUCUCAGUGUAAAUCAUUUUGACCAAUUGUGUCAGAUCAGUGCUGCCAAUUUCCCCUCCCUUACACACCUCUACGUCAGAGGCAACGUGAAGAAACUUCACCUCGGUGUUGGCUGUUUGGAGAAACUAGGAAACCUUCAGACACUUGAUUUAAGCCAUAAUGACAUAGAGGCUUCUGACUGCUGCAAUCUGCAACUCAGAAACCUGUCCCACUUGCAAACCUUAAACCUGAGCCACAAUGAACUUCUUGGUCUCCAGAGUCAGGCAUUCAAAGAAUGUCCUCGGCUAGAACUCCUGGAUUUGGCGUUUACCCGCUUACACAUUAAUGCUCCACAAAGUCCCUUCCAAAACCUCCAUUUCCUGCAGGUUCUGAAUCUCACUUACUGCUUCCUUGAUACCAGCAAUCAGCAUCUUCUAGCAGGCCUACCAGAUCUCCGGCAUCUCAACUUAAAAGGCAAUCACUUUCAAGAUGGGACUAUCAUGAAGACCAACCUACUUCAGACCGUGGGCAGCUUGGAGAUUCUGAUUUUAUCCUCCUGUGGUCUCCUCUCUAUAGACCAGCAAGCAUUCCACGGCUUGGGGAAAAUGAGCCAUGUAGACUUAAGCCACAACAGCCUGACAUGUGACAGCAUUGCUUCUGUUAGUCAUUUUAAGGGAAUUUACCUCAAUCUGGCCGCCAACAGCAUUAACAUCAUCCCACCCCAUCUCCUCCCCAUCUUGUCCCAGCAGAGCACCAUUAAUUUCAGUCACAAUCCCCUGGACUGCACUUGCUCGAAUAUUCAUUUCUUAACAUGGUACAAAGAAAACCUGCACAAACUUGAAGGCUUGGAGGAGACCACGUGUGCAAACCCGCCGUCUCUAAGGGGAGUUAAGCUAUCUGAUGUCAAGCUGUCCUGUGGGAUUACAGCCAUAGGCAUUUUCUUUCUCACAGUAUUUUUAUUAUUGUUCACCAUUCUGCUCUUUUUUGCAGUUAAAACCCUUCUCAGGUGGAAAUACCAACACAUUUAGUGCUGAAGGUUUCCAGAGAAAGCAAAUAAAUGUGCUUAGCUAAAUUGCUGUAAGUGAAGGAACUGUCAUCUACUGGUGACCAGACCAGAAUUUUCAGAUUGGUCCUGGAGCUGGGCAGGGACUCACUGUGCUUUUCCGAGCUUCUUACUCCUGUGAGUUCCAGAGCUAAAUAACCUUCUAGGCAAGUACACCGAACCGACUCAGGCCAGAGGGCCAGAUGCUGCUGUGAGAGGCACAGAACCCUUUCCGCAUGUGGAAGAGUGGGAGGAAGCAGCGGGAGGGGCUGGGCAAGGACUGCCAGCUCCAGAGUCACCCACAGGGAGGCCGUUCCCCUUCUACUCACCGACAUCCCUCCCAGCACCCCACAUCCCACCCCGAAAGGGGAUCACCAGCCCCCACAAUUUGGCAGAACUGAAGCCAGCCCGCUACCCACCUCAGCCACAGCAUUGUGCUUGGGUCUGGGUUCUCAGUCAUGUAGCCAUUUGGGAAACUUAGUUGGGGGCAAAGUCUCAAUGCUUAUUUUAAAUGAAAAAAGAAAAGCAUAAUGAAUUUAACAGAAAAGCCUGAGAAAUGAAACUUGGUAUCAAAUAGACUCCAUUAAUCUUCUUAAUCCUUAGGUCUGUAAGGGCUCUGUAAUGCUCCUAGGGUGUGAAUGGCUAUAAAGAAAAGAACCCAUCCCCAAGCUUUAGAAUUUCUUCCAUGUUUGUCUCACUCAGUUCAGAAACCAGGCAGGCUCUCUCUGCCUAUCUGGUGCCCUGGCUCUUACGUUACAGAUCCUAACUUGCAGGUGGGCUGUGAUCCAAAACGCUCUUCUCAUCUGGUUCUUAGAAGCCUCUUUCCCAGAAGAUCUGUGAAAUAAAUAGUGGUUUGGUUCUCAGACUAGCCCUUAAAAGCCUAUUUGUUUUGGAGAGCAUUUGAAAUAGCAUAUUUACAUGAAAAUGAGGAAGAAGACAUCCCUGCAUGCUAGCUGUUGGGAACACAGUAAAGUUGGAUUAGUGAGAAGUGGUUUCUGUUGAGGCUGGGGAUGUCAGUAAAGGUCACACCAGCAAUGGACAGCGGCCUGGACCACUGGAUGCAGAUAGACAAAGAGCAAUGUCAUGACUUAGACCUAAAGGGCCAUAGUCACACAGGCUUCUAUCUUCUGAAGUUGAUUGCCAGACAAGCUGGGCGGGAGCUCCUGGACUCAAGUGGUGCGUUAACAAGGCCUGGAUUCUGUUCCAUAACCAGUUUUAGGGUAGAGAUAGAGAUGGUAACUUGUAGUUAUAAAAUUCUGAUAGGCUAACAAAGUAAAAAUGUAUCAAACCAAUCAGAAUACAUUAGCCCUUAAGUUGAGGGCAUACUAGUGGGACAUCAUAAUAGAGUGGAAACUUGGGGGUCAUCCUUUUUGUCUUUUCACCCCCAGGAAAAGCAGGACAGGCAGGGAACAGCAGUGGGUGAAACUCUUCCCUGCUCAGGGAUUUCAGGCCUUCACACUUGCUCUUUCCUUUGCCUGGAAGAUGCUGCCAUUGGCCUCCAAAUGGCUUGUUCCUUCAUCUCCUUGAGAUUUUAGUGCUAAUAUUUUCUCCUCUCAGGGAGUUCUUCUCUGACCUAGCUAAUCCAAAGUAACCUCUAUGCCUCACCUGGUUUUAUUAUCUUUAUAAUGCUUAUCCGUGUUUGGAAUUAUCUUCUUCAUUUGUUUUAAUUAGUCUGUCCUGUCUUGUUUCUCCCAAAUACAAGCUCUAUGAGAGGGUCUUUGCCCAAGGAUACCCUAGAACAUGCUGGGGACAUAGUAAUGACACACUCUCUCUCUCUCUCUCUCUCUCUCUCUAUAUAUAUAUAUAUAUAUAUAGAUAUAUAGAUAUAUGAAACCGAGUCUUGCUCUGUCACCCAGGCUGGAGUGCUAUGGUGAGAUCUCGGCUCACUCUAACCUCUGCCUCCCAGGUUCCAGCGAUUCUCCUGCCUCAGCCUCCUGAGUAACUGGGAUUACAGGCACCCACCACCACACCUGGCUAAUUUUUGUAUUUUUAGUAGAGAUGGGGUUUCACCAUGUUGGUCAGGGUAGUCUUGAACUCCUGACCUCAAGUGAUCUGCCCGCCUUGGCCUCCCAAAGCGCUGGGAUUACAGGUGUGAGCCAUUGUGCCCAACCAAGACUCAAUAUGUUUUUAAUAUGUGCUGAUCCCUGAGACUUUAUUAGCUCCUAGUUCUGCCACGAUGCCCAUGCCGCUGACUCUUAGCUCCGGACCUCUCCACAGUUUCCUGGGCCUCCCACAUGUUUUUUACUGGCAUCUCAUAGGGAAGUUUUUACAAAAUGGAUUCCCAGGCCUCACCCCCAGAUUCUGAGAUGCUGUUGGACUAAGGUUGACUCUGGGUUCCCAGUCAAAUGAUUCCAUGUAAAAUGUGGAAGGUCCAUACUGUAAGAAUUCAGUCUUAGAUAGCACCAACCCAUUGAGUCCCUGCAUAUUCUGUCACAGGUAAGCCCUUUCUUGCCUGAGGGACUUAAGCUGCAGAUGGGAAAUACUAAUUGCUGAUUUACCAACCCGUAGACAUACUGCCCUCCAUAAUAUUUAAUAUGUAACUUGGAAAAACGAAAUAAUUCUGUAGAAAAUCUCUGAUGUGAAUUGCAUCACACUAACAGUGAAAGGGGCCCAAGCCUUAGCAAAGCAUAAUUGCCCAUCCUGCUUUCCCUUCUCAGGCCCGUUCCCUUCCAUGCGAUGCAGCUUGCUGCUCCAUAACUGAUCUAAGUCUUUGUGACAGCUGCUCUGUUUUAAGCAACAGUAAAUUCACCCCACAAAGUCAGAAAGGGAGCUUUUUGAUGGCUGCUGUCAAUUUUAUUGCUUUAUCCUGUUUACUAGGAUAGAAUCUGUAACACGGUGUGUUUAUUGGUUUUAUGUAUUGCAUGUUGUUGCUGCUCUGACAAGCUACUCCUAUAAAAAUGUGUUAUUAUUGCAUGAUGUAGCUCAGUGAGCUGACCCUGCAUUUCAAAGGGUACUGAAGCAAAUAGCAUCGAAGUCCAUAAAAGCUGACUGGCCUACAUCAUAAAGGUCUCUCUGUGUGAGCUGCAACUCCUACAAUCCAGGAGAGAAUUACACCUUUCCCUGUGCCAGCAGCCACUGCUUAGUACAGCACAGUCCUUGAACACAGGCAUUAUCUGUAAAAUUCCAAGACAGAAAACUGUCAUGCCAUUCUUAUUUGUCCAACUCUCCAAUCAGGGUUGUUUGCAAUUUUGAUGUUUAUAAAAGUAUGAAACAAA